AUUAUAUAAAAAUAUAUAUUUAAAAUAAUAUACAUGACAAAAUAUAAAAUAAAAUAAGAAAUUGAUAUAAAAAGUUUGUAUUUAAUACAUCGUUAAAAAUGCGAUACAUUUUAAAAUAAAUUAUUUGAUUUAAUAAUAAAUUUAUUGUAACUUAAUUUUCCUUCAAUUUAACUAUUACUUAUUAAAAAAAUCACAAAAAAAUUUAAAUUUAUUUGCAAAUAAUAACUACGCUAAUAUUAAUUUAAUUUAAAUUUGCAAUAUAUUUAACUAAUCAAAUAUAACCUUAAUAACGAAGUUAUUACAAAAUAUAAAUUAAAAAAUUAAUUAUUUUUAAGAAUAAUUCAAUAUAAUUACAAUGAUAAUUUUAUAAACAUAUAAUUUUAUCAAUAUUUAUAAAACAUAUAAUAAAAUAGAAAAAAAAUUACAGGUGGCGUAUAAUUUUCAGGUUCAAUGUCAAUUUUGUACACACAUAGAAUAUAAAAAUUCAAUAUUAUUGGAAAUUUCAAAUAAAUUAAAAAUGGCCGCAUAUGGAAUAAUUAAAAUAUUUCAUUAUAUAAAAUAAAUCAUAGUUACGCGAAUACAUUAAAUUGAAAAAAGAAAGAAUUGUAUUGUACAUAUCAAAAUGAGUGUCCGAACAAGAAAAACAAUUUUUUGUGGAAUUAUUAUAUUAUUAAGUGUAUUAUACCUAUAUACAAAUCGAACUUUAUAUACAGAUUUACAGGAUAAAAAUAUUUCUUUAAAGUUACUUCUUAUUGCUGCUAUAAAAGCAGCAGAAAUUGGUGGUUCUGAAGUAAUUGCAGUUCACAAUCAAGCAAAAUUCGAAAUACAAAGUAAAGGAAAAACGAAAGAGGGUAUAAAUGACCCAGUAACAGAAGCAGAUUAUAGAUCACACUGUGCAAUGGUCCAUUCUUUAUUAGAAACAUUUCCAAGUAUAACAGUAAUAUCAGAAGAAACAUCAAAAAAUUGUGAUAAAAUUACAGUGUCAAAUAUAAAAAAUAAUAUUAAUAAUUUAAAUGAUUAUGAUAUUAAGGAUGAAAUUAUAAAUAUAAAUGACAUUACAGUCUGGAUUGAUCCCCUUGAUGCAACAAAAGAAUUUACAGAAAAUUUAUUACAAUAUGUUACAACUAUGGUUUGUAUUGCUGUAAAAGGAAAACCUGUAAUAGGUGUUAUAUAUAAACCUUUUGAAACAAAGCAAAAUUCUAGUUUAUUUUGGUCAUGGACUAAUCAUGCAGUUUCAAGAAAUUUACAAAUACUGCAUAAGUUAGAAGAUGAAAAAAUACCAAUAUUGAUUGUAUCACAAUCACAUGCUGGCCAAAUUUAUAAUGUUUCUAAGAUUGCAUUUGGUAAAGAUGUAAAAAUUGUUCCUGCAGCUGGUGCAGGUUACAAAUUUUUAGAAGUUUUAAGUGGAAAUGUAACUGCAUAUGUCCACAUGACUGCAAUAAAGAAAUGGGACAUUUGUGCAGGAACUGCAAUUCUUACUGCUCUUGGUGGUACAGUUACCCAAUUAUUUGAUCAACAAUUGAUAAGCUUUAAACCUCAUGAUUCUAAAGAACUUACAUGGGGUCUUUUAGCUACCAUGAGUAAUCAUGUUUGGUAUUUAGAUAAAUUUUCAAACAUUUAAUAUAAGCAUUAAAUCUCUAAAUUUUAUUAUUCAAUCAUAUUUUAAAUUUAAAUCAUAUUUCAAUAUCAAUUUUUUCAAAGAAAAAUUAUACAUAUCUUAAAAAUUUGAUAUCAAAGUACAAUUCAUAAAAAUAUUUAUUUACAAGUUCUAUAUUUAAUUUUGAAAUAUUUUCAAAUGAAUGUGUUUCACAGAACAAUUUUUUAUUGUAAAAAAUUAUUAUAUAAUUAUAUUUUAUAUAUUUAAAAUAUCUAUUAUUGAUGAAUUAAUUUUACAUAUAUUCUGUGAUACUUCCAAAAAUUUUUAUUUGUUUAUUUUAUUAAAAAAAAAUAAAUGUUUUUCUACAUGUAUGUUUUACUUAAUAGUAUUUUAUAAAAUUUUUUUAAUUUGAAUAAAAUGGUUCUAAUUUUUUAUUAAAACAAUGAUAAAUCAUUAGUAAUAUUAUACAUUAUUAUAAUAUUGUAUAUUGAAAAUUAUAAACUAAUACAUAUCAAUCAAAUUAAAUUAAGGUUACUUUUUCAUCAGAAAUGAUAAUUUCUGAUAUUUUUUUUAAUUUUUUGUUGAAUUUAUUACAUGCUUUUUCGUAUGAUAUAAUAUUUGAACAGGAAUUCAUAUAUUGUGAAAUUACUUUUUUCUGUAAUUUUUUUAAAGAAAUUUCUCCUUUGUUUUUUACUAUGUCUAAAAUAACACCUUUCCAAUUGAAAAUUGUUUUCUCUAUAAUAUUAUCACAUUGAUUAAUUGAUGAUUCAACUAGCAAAAUAUUUUUAUUUUUAUUUAUCUCAUCUAACUUUUCUAUAGCAAUAUCUUUGCUUUUUUUUUUAGAAACUGAUUCUUUUAUAAAUUCUACAUCUUGUUUGCUUUUUUUUUUUACAAAUUCUUCUACUUGUUCUUGUAUUGUUUCAGAUAUUCUUCUCUUUUUAAGUUUCUUUUUCUUAGCAUUAUCGAUAGUAUCAUUGUCAAUACCAUUUUUACUAUUAUUUAACUUAUUUUUAUCUUGAUCUUCAUUUUGAUUUUCUCUGUCUAUAUUUUCAUUAUUUUGAUUCUCAAUAAUAUUAUUUUCUUGAUGUAUACUUGUAUCUUGUACAUUAUUUAUUUUUUCACUCAUUUUACCUAUUUAUGUAUUAUAUAUGUAUAUCAAAAAUUUAUAAUUUAAAUUAAAUAAAUAUUAAAUUAAGCAACAAAAA